GACAGCGACGACAACCACGAACAUCCACAUCGACAUCUCGGACGCCGCACGAUCAGUCAAGAUGCCGAGCCACAAGUCUUUCCGCACCAAGCAGAAGCUCGCGAAGGCGCAGAAGCAGAACCGCCCUAUCCCUCAGUGGAUCCGCCUGAGGACCGGCAACACCAUCCGCUACAACGCCAAGAGGAGGCACUGGCGCAAGACCCGCAUCGGCAUCUAAGCUGGUGCAAGCAACCGCCUCCUCAUCACUCAAAUCGAACUCGGAGCCUCACGAUGUCUACGUGCGAAACGGAUCAAUAGAAGCAGCGACAACAACCGCGCCAUGGUUGCGCUGUUCUUCGUCGGCCGGGACAAUUGCAAAAAUGAUGGGUGAUGAAGUUGUGGAUGGGUUCCUUUAUUCGUCGUCGUCAGGGUGGCUUCUACAGACGUCGAUGGGAUGCUGCUUUUCGAUUUGGGCGCUUUGAGUGGGAUAUGGGAAUGUACGCAGGUUAAAUGAAAAUACCUUGCCGUCCCGCCAAA